CACCCCGCUGCCUCCGCCCUGGACCUCCCUUGCCUCCGACGCCCAACUCCAUCACUCGGCGACGGCACUUGGCAUCAACAACGCCCAUUAACCCAUCGCCUCACUGCAUCCCCUCCUUGUCCCCUUCUCUCCUCUCUCGUCGACGCCCACGCUCAACCCCCCGUCUCUGGCGCCACCCGCCGGCGCACGCCACCAUGAACCCCUCACAAUCCCACAUGAACCCGUACUACCUGACGACCGAUGCGCUGAACUACGGCUUCAACGGCUACUCGAGCGGCAGCGGCACCUCGAGCCCGGCGGGCAUCAACCCCGCGCUCGCGCAGCCGCCCAAGACGGCCGUGCCUGCGCCGGCACCCGCGCCGGCGCCAGCAGCGGCCCCCGCCGCGCCGCUCUCCGGCCCCCUCGUCUCGCCCCACCAGGACUUGAACGACUUCCUGGAGAGUUUCUGGACACGCCAGAUGGACGGCGUCGAGGGCGAGACGCCAGACUUCAAGACGUACAACCUCCCGCUGGCGCGUAUCAAGAAGGUCAUGAAGAGCGACGAAGAGGUCAAGAUGAUCAGCGCGGAGGCUCCUAUCAUGUUCUCCAAGGCGUGCGAGAUCUUCAUCUCCGAGCUCACGUGCCGCGCCUGGCUCGUCGCCGAGGGCCACAAGCGCCGCACCCUCCAGAAGUCGGACGUGGCGUCCGCCAUUGCCUUUUCUGACGUCUUCGACUUCUUGAUUGACAUUGUGCCGCGCGACGACGGGACCGAGCACACGGUGCCGGCCGCCGCGCCGAGCAACAACGCCGAGCCUGAGCCGCCGGCAGCAGGCCACGAUGCAGAGUGGCCCCGCCACGAGGACGAGCAUGAGGGCGACGCUCUCUACUCCGAGUAUGUCCAGGGUGAGGGCGAGGGCUUCGCAUAGACAGCAACAGUGUAUACCCCAGUAGUGUAGAUGUAACAUGCGUGAUACCGGAAUA